GCCAGCAGAAAAGAUGGUGCUUACCCUCACUUCCUGCACUGGCCCCUAACAAAGAUGGACGCUCGCACUUCCUGUUCGGAUCUCUUGCCUCUAACAAAGAUGGCGGAUGAAUGACAGGUUGCCCCAGAACCCCGGACUCAGGCGUCUUGCUUUCUGAGGGCUUGGUGGCUGCAAGAUGGAGACCAGAGAUAAGCAGGUUCUCCGCUCCCUUCGGCUGGAACUGGGCUCAGAAGUUCUUGUGGAUGGACUCGUUCUGCAAUAUCUCUACCAGGAAGGGAUCUUGACAGAAAACCAUGUUCAGGAAAUCAGAGCCCAAUCCACAGGCCUCAGGAAGACUAUGAUGCUGCUGGAUAUCCUACCUACACGGGGACCCAAAGCCUUUGACACCUUCCUCGAUUCCCUGCAGGAAUUUCCCUGGGUGAGGGAGAAAUUGGAGAAAUCACGGGAGGAAGCCAUCCAAGAGACACCUACUACAGGUAACCAAGCAAGUCAAAUCCCUCCCCAUAUUCUGACAAGCUCACCCUCUGAUCAGCAGAUUAACCAGCUGGCCAGGAAGCUGGGCCCCGAGUGGGAGCCUGUAGCGCUGUCCCUGGGUCUGUCACAGAGAGACAUCUACCGCUGCAAGGUCAACCAUCCCUACAACGUGCAGUCCCAGAUCGUGGAGGCCUUCGUCCAGUGGAGGCAGAAGAACGGGAGCCAGGCGACCAUCCAGAGCUUACAGAAGGGCCUGGUGGCCAUGGAUGUGGACCCUUCCGUGCUCCAGCACAUGUUAGAGUAAACCACUUUGCUAUCCCUCUCUCGGCUCCUCAGUGAAUGCAAUGUGCUGAGCCAUUAGACUUUGCUUUAAGGCAGGUGUCUUACAGGGUUUCCUUUUUCCAUUUAUCUGUACAUGAAGAGGAGCGGGGGCUUGACUAGAGGCUUACUUUUAAGAGCAGCUCUCCUACGAGAUCUCAGCUGCUUACUGAAAUUGUCAUUUGAAAAUAACUGCGCCGGGCGAUGAUUGAUUCUUGACUGGUGAGAGAUCUCUGGGCUUCCUUUUCAAAGGCCACCUCCUUACCACAAUCAUGGACACCCUGUAUUCCAGGCGUUCUCUUUGGCUGGGCUGAGAAGGAAACACAGACUUCAUUGUCUGUUAUCAUUAUAAUAGUAACAUUUUAAGUCUUCCUUUUAUCAGCAAAAAAAUGAAUUGUUAAUCUAAUAAGCCCUCCCCCAGAAGUCAUUGGAGUUUUUUCACCCUCCUGAGACUGAAUAGGUUAAGAAAGCAAAAUUAUUAUAACUGCUGAGACUGCAAGGUAGACCAUGUGGCCUCAGGAACAGAGUUGAUGGCUUUGGAGUCAGGGAGACCUGAUUUCAAGCCCCGACACAAACUGGCUAAAUGACCCUGGGUAAGUCACUAGGAUCUAUCCAUAUCCCCAGAGAAUUCUCUGUGAUGACACACGGCCGAGGAGGUACUGGUCUACCUGAAAAAAUAAAUAAGUAAAUCAUAGACCCAGUAAGAAAAACCCAUUAUUUUUUCAGCCUCAGUUUUUUCAUCUUAAAAUGAAUAGGUUGGUCUUGAUAACCUCAAAGAACCUUUUCUGCCUCUGCCUCUGUAAUCCUGAGAUAUCCUACUUGGCACUGGGGAAAGGGAAAAAUGGAACAGCCUGGGCCCUUAAGGAUUUUACAUUCUGGAGGGAAGGGGAACAAGAUCAACAUGUAUGUUGCAAAAUAAUACAAAUAUACAUCACAGUGGAUAGAGCACUGGAUCCGACCUCAGGAACUUCCCGAGUUCAAAUCCGGCCUCAGAUACUUUCCUGACUGGGGGACUCUGGGAAAGUCAUUUAACCCCUGCCUGCCUCAGUUUGCUCAUCUAUAAAAUGGGAAUCAUCAUAGCAUCUACCUCCCAGGGUUGCUGUGAGUAAUAAAUGAGAUAAUAGUCAUAGAAUUUGCAACCACAACAGCAAAGUCAGUGCUGUUUUCUUACUGCCGAAGGAAGCCCAGGAGUGGUCUCUGUUUUCAGUGCCAGUAAGUCUCCUGGCAAAGCCUCAGGUCCCUGGUCAGGUUCCAGGCUGCACUCAUGCCACUGUUCUGAAGUUGCUCAAUCAAAUGCAGCUUAUUGCAAGGGAAGUCCUGGUGGGGAGCGGAGGCCCGGGGUCUCCUGUGGAAACUGAGCCUUGACGUUUCUCUUUGCACGGCUAUGACCGUCGGCCCCUUUCUUCUAUUGCUCUAUGCCGGCGUCCGGUGCAUGGGCAGAGCGUCUUCUCACCCAGUAGCUCCUUAGAGCCCCAUGACGACCCGGUGGGGGAGACGGAACGGGGUGGACACCCCCAUGUCCAUCGUACCCGGAACAAAGGAGCUGAAGCUUAGGCAGAGCGGCUCACCCCGGGUUAUGUGCCACAAGCCUUUGGGCGCCCAAUCCCGGUGGGUUCCAUUGUAUAAUCAAUGCCUGUCUCAUACAUCAAUAAAGAAAGGAAUUAGCACCCAGGAUGGGCAGUAACUUACUAUCGCAAAGACUGUUAAUCAGACACCUCCUUUGGGCUGGCCUCGUGCUAGGCACGGGGCACACGAAGACCAAUCCUGAAGAGUGCCCGCCUCCAGGAGCUUCCGCCCCACUCAGUCUGGAGAUGGUGGCAAACCGCAGGGACGCCGGUUCAGUUUCGUUUCUCCCUGGGAAAGAGAGAGGGAAGGCUCAGGAACGUUUAGGGAUCCCGGGCAUCUUCCUAUAAAGGGGGAAAUCUCCUUUCUGGCCCAUCGGUCAGUGAAGUCAUCACAGAAGAUCGAUAUUAUUUCUCUGCCUUUAGAUAGCAAACAUCCUGAGGCCGGAGAUGAUCCUUUCUACUCUCUCUGAAGGGACGUGGACUGUGUUGUGAGUGCUCAGAAAAGAGUCAUUUCUUUCUUUAAGAACAAAACAAAACAAAACCGCUUACCUUUUACCUUCAGAGCAAUAUUGUGUUUUAGUUCCAAAGCAGAAGAGCAGUAAGGACUAGGCAAGGGGGGUGAAGUGGCUUGCCCAGGGUCAAAAAGCUAGGAAGUAUCUGAGGCCAGAUUUGAACCCAGGAUCUCCCAUCUCUAGGCUUGGCUUCUCAAUCCAAUGAGCCACCUCAUUGUCCCUAAGAGUAAUUCCUAAUACCAUUCUUCAGAAAUAUGAAAAGACAUCUUAAAUUUUUUUCUAAUAAAAGGAAAACCAGAUCUCCAAGGGUGAUGUUGAGAUUCUUUGGUUAAAAGUGAUUGUUUACAAUGGCAGGUUUACUUACUUACCUUCUUCCCAAUUGUCUCUUCUUUAAAGCUGUGUAGCCCCAGCCUCUUUGUGCUAUAAAUCUCAUCCAUCUGAUUGUAUCUUCUUGUAUCAAAUCAUGGAUUGUCCUUCUAUGGAAUCUCAAAUAAAUUGUUGAAAUCCAUUGAACCCUCA